AUGUCCACUCUCCACCCACCCAACCCCACCACCAUUCCCCCUCUCUCCCCCUCAGAUCCCCAUCCAGUCAACUCAACUCCCCCUCCUCCUCUCCGAAUCGCCAUCAUCGGAUUCGACAACUACGACCACUUCCUCGCCAAAACCCUACUCUCUCAAGGCCACACUCUCCUCGCACACUCCUUAUCCGAUCACUCCUCCUCAGCUUCCCUUCUCAACGUCUCCUUCUUCACCACAGACCUCCACGAACUCUGCCAACGCCACCCCGACAUCAUCCUACUCUCCACCUCCAUCCAAACCACGGAAAACAUCCUCAAAACGCUCCCGUUUCAUUUACUCCACCCCAACACACUCUUCGUAGACGUCCUCCCCGUAAAAGUCUUCGCAAAGACUCUCCUCCUCCAAUACUUACCUCAACACUUCAACAUUCUCUGCACGCACCCAAUGUUCGGCCCACCACAGCAGAGCGUGGACUCGAGAGGUCCACGCUUCGUGUACGAUAAGGUCAGGAUCAUCGGCGGAGAUGGAGUCUCGAGGUGUGAGAGUUUUCUCGGAGUAUUUGAGAGGGAAGGGUGCGAGAUGGUGGAGAUGAGCUGCGCUGAUCACGAUCGUUACGCUGCUGGAUCGCAGUUCCUAACGCAUACGGUUGGUAGGGUUUUGGAGAUGAUGAAUCUCGAAACGACGCCGAUUAACACUAGAGGGUAUGAGGCGUUACUUGGUUUGGUUGAGAAUACUCGUGGUGAUAGCUUUGAUUUGUACUAUGAGCUGUUUGUUUAUAAUAACAACUCGUUGGAGAUGUUGGAGAAGUUGGGUUGUGCUUUUGAGUCCUUGCGUAAAGAACUUUUCGGUAGCCUUCACGGUGUUGUUAGUAAGAACUUGUUUGAAGGUGAGACACAUAAAGAAACUCGAAAUGGUAUGAUCAGGUCAAAAGAUGAUGCUGAUUUCAACUAUGGCUAUAACACCGCAAGGUGGCUUAAGAUUGGUAUAGUCGGGUUUGGCAAUUUUGGACAGUUUCUAGCGAAGACAAUGGUCAAGCAGGGCCACACGGUGUUAGCGUAUUCGAGAACAGACUACACUGAUGCAGCUUCCAAGCUUGGCGUCGUGUUUUAUUCAGACGUUGAUGAUCUAUUUGAAGAGGAUCCUGAAGUUAUUCUUCUAUGUACGUCGAUCCUCUCGACUGAGAAAGUUCUCAAGUCACUCCCGUUUCAGAGACUGAAGAGGGGUACGCUUUUCGUGGAUGUGCUUUCCGUAAAAGAGUUCCCGAGGAAUGCAUUUCUUCGAGUUCUCCCACAGGACUUUGAUAUUUUGUGCACACAUCCCAUGUUUGGUCCAGAGAGUGGUAAGAAUGGAUGGAACGGUCUUUCCUUUGUGUUUGAUAAGGUUAGGAUCGGGAUGGAUGAUAGAAGAAGAACAUCUAGGUGUGAUAGUUUUCUAGAUAUUUUUGCCAGUGAAGGAUGUUCUAUGGUUGAGAUGUCGUGUGCUGAACAUGAUCGGUAUGCGGCUGGAUCGCAGUUUAUCACACACACGGUAGGAAGGGUUCUGGAGAAGCUGAGUUUGGAAUCUACUCCGAUCGAUACCAAGGGUUACGAGACAUUGUUGAAACUGGUGGAGAGCACUGCUGGUGAUAGCUUUGAUCUUUACUAUGGACUGUUUUUAUACAAUCCUAAUGCGAUGGAGCAGUUUGAGAGGUUUGGUUCUGCUUUGGAAUCGUUGAAGAAACAGCUCUUUGGAAGACUACAUUGUCUUCUGCAUAAGCAGCUGUUUGGAAAUGAUGAGGAGAGUCGAAUCAUGUUGGAGACAACUGGCUAUGCCAAAGCAACAUAUGGGGAAAAGAGCAAAGAUUUUGAUAAAGCUCAUGCAAUUUACCCACCAAAACAGAGUGAUAUAACUGGUAAAGUCAUCAUCUAUACCCUUGUAGGGCUUUGCAUUCUGCUCUGUCUCUUCAUCAGCAUCGGUUUCUAUGUCAUAGCUAAGCCACUUAAAGCAAGCCUGACGUCAGUGGCUUUAAGAAACCUCAAGUACAACGAUACAUCAUCAUCAUCAUGGCCUUAUUUCAACGCGACACUAGCUAUGAAGAUCAGAAUUGACAAUCCGAAUUUUGGCUUCUUUGAGUUUCCAACUAGUAAAGGAGAUAUCAUGUACAAUGGUCGUGUUGUUGGUGAAAUAAAGGUUAGUGGACAGAGAGUGGAUUCAUACAGUGCCAUAAGAUUAGAGGUUAGGACAGAAGUGAGUUACAGAGGGAAUCAUGUUUGGUUGAAGAAUGAUAUAAAGAGAGGGUUGAUUAUCCUCAAGAUUGAAGCUAAACUGAGAGGGGAAGUACACUUGUUGGCUUUGAACAAGGGAAGUGUGAAUUUGAAGUGUUUGAUGCAUCUUAAUCUGAUAGAUGAAGUGAUUCAACGUUUGUGGUGUAAAUGA